AUGCCGCGGCCCUUUCGCAACGCGACCCUGCCCCUCAUGUGCGCUGAGGACAUCACCAACCGACCAUGCGUUGUCGUCGGAGACGGUGCCGUCGGCAAGACCUGUCUGCUCAUCAGCUAUACGACGAACAAGUUCCCUUCGGAAUACGUUCCUACAGUCUUUGAUAACUAUGCCGUCACAGUCAUGAUUGGCGAUGAGCCCUACACCCUUGGACUAUUUGACACGGCCGGACAAGAAGAUUACGAUAGACUUCGACCUCUCUCAUAUCCUCAGACCGAUGUAUUCCUCGUCUGCUUUAGUGUCACGUCACCCGCUUCGUUUGAAAACGUCCGCGAGAAGUGGUUUCCCGAGGUCCAUCACCACUGCCCCGGCGUUCCUUGCCUCAUUGUUGGCACACAGGUCGAUCUCCGCGACGACCCUAGCGUACGGGAAAAGCUGUCCAAGCAAAAGAUGUCUCCCGUUAGAAGGGAAGACGGCGAGCGCAUGGCCAAGGAUCUCGGCGCCGUUAAGUACGUCGAGUGCAGUGCGUUGACGCAGUAUAAGCUUAAGGACGUGUUUGACGAGGUAUCCCUUUAUGAAUCCCUCUACCAUGCAGAACCCAGGCAGCUAAUGAAAAGGAUGCAGGCCAUCGUUGCGGCUCUGGAGCCCCCCGCGCCCAAGAAAAAGUCCCACAAGUGUCGCAUUUUGUAA